GGAAGCUUCUCGUGCAGUGGCUAUUACGACUACGUCUUGUUGCCUCCGGCGUAAUGAUGGAUAUGAGCACCCUCCAGAGAGAAAACUAAGAAAUCCAAUAUCAAACUCUCUUUCGUACACAGCUUCAAUCUCACUUUCCAUCAGUCAACAAAGAUACAACCUUCCCACUUCUCGACUAAACUGCAUUACUUCCCAGCAAGGAAGCCAGAUCCCGGACUAGACCGAACGAAGCCUCUCAAGAUGGACGUGCAUCUCUUAACGUACGACCUAUCCCGGGGCCUUGCGCGGCAAAUGUCCCAGGGCAUGCUUGGAUUUCACCUUGAUGCGAUCUAUCACACAUCCAUUCAACUCAAUGGACGCGAGUACGUCUACGAUGGUGGCAUUGUUGACAUCACUCCGGGAACAUCUCACCUGGGCCAGCCUAUGGAGCGUAUUUUCCUUGGAAAGACAGAACUACCCAUGGAGGUCAUCAAAGAGUUCCUAGACUCAUUAAGGCCAAUCUUUACAGCCGAGGCCUACGAUCUCUGGAGACAUAACUGCAACAACUUCUCAGACUCAUUUUCUCAGUUCCUACUUGGGAAAGGCAUCCCAGAGCAUAUCAUCAAGAUGCCAGAUGCCGUACUCAGCUCUCCAAUGGGCAGGAUGCUCAUGCCUCAACUCAACCAAGUCAUAAACUCCAACAGACAAAACGGUUCGAUCCUUGGUAUCCAGAACGACGCAACUCCUCCAGGAUACGGAUCCGCGCCACAGCCCACAAAAUCCCGAUCCAACAUCAGGAUUGUGAGAAGCUCACAGGAGCUAGACGCAGCCCUUGAAUCUGCGAGAAAGUCUUGCGCUGUGGUUCUCUUCACCUCCGCCACAUGCCCACCUUGCAGGGCCAUCUCGCCCAUAUUUGAUGAGGUGUCCGCAGAGGCAGGUAGCAAAGCGACGUUCAUCAAAGUAGACGUGGCCCAAUUGACGCCGCUUCCCGGAAAGAACUAUCCUCGAGCAACUCCGACAUUCAUCACCUAUUUGCAUGGAGAAAAGGAGAAUGAGUGGGCAGGCGCUGAUCCUGCUGCUCUUCGGGGGAACGUCCAGCUCCUGCUACAAAUGGCUUGGCCUCGGCACCCUCAUGAGUCCCUCAAACUACCCAGCUUUUCCAACCCGAACGCAAAGCCGGUAUUGUUCUCAAAGGUACCGCCACUGGCCAAACUUCUGGGCAAGAUGGGUUCGGCAGCAGACGAGCCAGCCGUGCAGGCAACCAAGCAGUUCAUUGAGGCCCGCGAUAAGCAGGGCGCCGCGGUCGCAGUCCUCCCGAAUCUAGGCGAAUUCUCGGGAUUCUUACAAAGAUCAGUGCAGACGUUGCCUGUUGAGGUUCUCUUCACCAUCGUCGACUUAUUUAGAUGUGCGCUUGUCGACGCAAGGUUCAGCGGCUACUUUGCUGAAGAAAAGGGGCACACGACCGUUUUAGCAGUCCUUAGAUUCGUCAACUCACACAGCGACUGCCCGUACGCUUUGCGUUUGGUUACACUGCAAAUGGCGUGCAACUUCUUCUCCACGCCUCUCUUCCCGGAGGAAAUACUACGAAACGAGACGUUGAGAGCACCCGUUAUCCAAUUGAUUUCUUCGAGUUUCCUAGACGACAGCCACAACAAUGUUCGUGUUUCUGCUUCGUCCCUCAUGUUCAAUUUGGCGCUUUUCAGCAACAAAGCCAGGCGUGAGAAGUCUGGAGACGUAUUGCCAGACGGCGACGCGGUAGAGCUGGCUGCAUCGGUGUUAGAAGCCAUAGGACAAGAGGAGUCUUCGCCAGAGGCACUGCAGGGUAUGCUUCUUGCACUGGGUAACUUGGUCUACUGCACACCGAGUGACAGUGAGGUCUCGGAUUUGCUGAGGGCGAUGGAUGCGGAGGACACGAUUCUGGCCAAGAAGAAGCAAUUCCCAAAUGAGAAGAUCAUCGUAGAGGUGGGCUCAGAGCUUCUGGGCAAAGGGCUUAGACGGCCGUAGCUUGGUUUGUGUUGGUAGUGGUAGAAUACACUAGACUGCGUGGCGUUUGGUAUAGGUUGGGCGUUGACACCGUCAAAGAGGUGCCGAAUAUAC